AUGGCCUCCGUUGUUGAGUCUCUUCCUCAGGGACUCAUCUCUCAUUCUCAGCCCCAAAAGUCCGCCGACACUUCUGUGCUGGCCGAUUGGGAGAUCCAAGCUGAAAAAUGCCGUAAAGUGUUCGGAGAAUCACUCAACCGAGCUUGGCUUUUGCCACCUGAUCAGCUUCCACCUGCUGAGCAGCUCAAUGUCUCUACUUUUAUCGAGACAUGCGGCUUCCUCUCAGCGCGAGAGCUGGAGAUCACAGCUACCAGCGCAACAAAACUAGUGGAACAGAUGGCCUUAGGCUCUCUGACGGCUGUUGAGACUUUCAUGAAUGCCGAUGCACUUGAAGCCGCUGCUGAGCUUGACGCAUACUUCAAGGCAACCGGCAAAGUCAAGGGGCCCUUGCACGGCGUCCCGAUCUCGACCAAAGAGCAUAUUGAACAUAAGGGACGGAUUGUUCAUUCGUCUUAUGUCGCCCUUAUUGACAACGUUGCUAAAGAAGACGCCCUGAUUGUUCAUCUUCCCUCUUUUCUUGAUCUGUCACUGGUUCUUAAGCACAUUGACUGUUCCAACCCAAUCUACGGCACGACUGUGAACCCACACAACCGAACAUUAACAUGCGGCGGCUCGAGCGGAGGAGAGGGCGCUUCCUUGGGACUACGUUGCGCAGUCUUGGGUAUCGGUACCGACUUUGCCGGUUCUGUUAGAGUGCCCGCUGCCUUCUGUGGCGCAUAUGGUUUGAGGACUACCGCAUUGCGCAACCCGUACAAAGGCGUGUGUCUUCCUGGUGCUGGACAAGAGAGCACCCGAUGCGUUGUCUCACCUCUAGCCAAUACUGCAGAAGAUCUUGCCCUCUUUCAGAAAGCCGUGCUUGAUCAAGAACCCUGGGAGAUUGAGACAUCGCUACUACCUCAACCUUGGAAGCAGCCUAGUUCGCUAGAGCCUGGCAGCUUUACCAUUGGUGUUAUGUGGGAGGACGGGUAUUUAUCAGCUAAUCUUUGUCACAGCCUUGUCCGGCCCCAUCCGCCGGUCCUUCGCGCACUCGGAUAUGCUGUCGAGAAGCUCCUGGCGGCAGGCAUUACUGUGGUCGACUUUGAGCCAUACAACCAUCAAGAGGGCAUGGAUAUUGUUUCAAAACUAUACUUUCCUGAUUGUGCUGUGACGCAGAAGGAUCUCCUGGAAAAGGGAGGAGAGCCUGUUGCGCCGCUGUCGCACUUUGCGUUUAACCUUUCUCCGCCACGCCCCCUCACUAUACAGGAGAACUGGGCUUUCAAUGUCCGAAGAGACGCCUUGAUCAUGAAGGAUCGAGGUGUUGACUUUAUUCUUUGCCCUGCCUAUGUCGGGCCUGCUUCAAAGUUGGGCGAUGGCCAUUACAUACCUUACACCGCUAUCUGGAAUCUUCUAGAUCAGCCAGCCAUCGCAUUCCCGACUGGGCUGAAGGUCGAGCCAACAAAUACCCCAUACCCUGCCUUCAAACCCCGAUCAGCUGAAGAGGAACGAGAAUACAACAAGUGUAGACUCACGUAUAUUGAGGCGCCUUUGGGAUUGCAAAUCGUUGGUAAACACUUCCGGGACGAAGACACGGUUGCUGCUGCAGAGUUGGUGUCCAAGAUUAUCCAGGGAUGA